AUGGCUACGCUUGAUGUGGAACAUGAAAAUAAACAAACGGAUCAGUUAUCUGAAAUAAUUUCCUUAUCACCCAUAUCUCGACAUCCGAGAAAAUCAAAAGCAAUGAAAAGCAGGAAGGAUUUUGUGUGGAAUCCGAAUGCAUUGCCGUUUGUUCCGUGUAAUUUAAUCAAUAACUGGAACACUAAAUCGAACAAUUAUUAUUCAAUAGUAAAUACCAUUCGAACUAGCGAUACACCAUUACCAUUCUUGUCAGGACCCAUUGGGGCAUCAUCGGUAUGUACUGGAUAUUUAGCUCGUGUUGAUCAACAGGUCAACCAACAUUAG